CUUUUUUGCGGAUUUCUUUUUUGUUGGACGGUGAUUAUGCACGCUUGCCCUUUCUGGUAUGGGAUGUCGCUCUGCAAUCGUCAUUCAUUUUGUAUUUUUUUCCCCUUCUUUUGUUUUUACACUUUUCUUCUAUCUCAAAUUCCCUGGUAAAGUAUGGCAACCCUGAAAGAGUCAACUCCAACCAUGGAACACAAUAGACAUAACUGCAGUAUGCUGUGGUUGACUCUUUCUGCCUGCUGUGAUACCUACCCCUCCUCACGGAAGUAUGACACGGUCAUCGCCUUAUGACUUGAAUAUCUUGAGCAAAGGACCGGCCACUCGCGAACAAAGACAAGACAAUCCAAGCACCGCGUUCAUCAUCAUACAUGCUAAGACGUCCUCGUCCAGAUGGCUUCAGGGGUCGCCUACCAUUUGACCCGGCCGUCCUGUGAGAUGCUCGAUGCAUUCAGGACAUGGGGCACCCCCAAAAAACUCACGCUCGCCCGGUCUGAUGAGUCAGGCCUGGGAGAGAUGAACGCGGAACCCCCGUCAGCAGGAUAUCUAGGAUCGAUCCCCUUGGAUAUCAUGUAUGAGAUCCUAGGGAGCCUCGAUUACGAGAGUACGAGCAGAAUACGUCUACUCAACUCGCGCUAUCGGAAGCUCGUUGACUCCUUUCCGGCGUAUCUGAUCCUGAAGAACCAUGCCCGUCAAACCUUGCGUGUCAUGCGCAAAGUCAAGGUAGACUCGCGAUGGUCCGUAGGGCAGAUCUUCGCGGAGAUGUGCUACCCUCGUUGUCGAACGUGCAUGGAUUUCGGCCCCUUUCUCUUCCUCCCUUCGUGUUCCCGCUGCUGCUACACUUGUCUUCGAAGCCACAGUGAAUACGAGCUGGCAUUUGUCUCGAGUGCCAAGGCGGUCUUCGCUCUCCCAGAAGAUGCCAUCAAACGCCUUGUCGCUCUUGACAAUAUACCGAUGAAUAUAUCAUCUUAUCCACUCAUGGAGGAUAUUUGGUGUGAGGUUCGGAGCUGUCCUCGUCUUCAACUUGUCAGCGUCAGACAGGCCUACGAACUUAGCAUGGGGAUAUACGGUGAUGAAUCCCAGUUGGACCAGGCUGUGAAACGUUGCAAUACAGAAUGGCGCAAGGAAUGGGCCGAGCACAUCGAGCACGGCCCUUGCUAUACAGCAGACGGCCGUCUAGUUACGGAAGUGUUUACACAUCCAAGGAGGAUACGUUUGUCUCUCGGGCCCGAAAUGCGAGGUCACAACUUCUGCUAUACUGUGGAUGGUCGUCUCAUCGAGCAACCGCCUUUGCCCCGAGCGAUAGAGUCUACGAAGCGAAUUAUCUUGAACCAAUAUCAACCUGAACCACUAGGCUCGACUUUCUUCCCUUUCUGGGACAAACGCACACAAACGGCAGAGCCCGGCAUAUACGCUUAUUCCAACGUGCCUACUUGUCCACUGAGAUUCAGAUGCACUUCGAGAGAUGUGAGGCUACGCAGAAAGGGUACCGGCAGCGCGAUUGGCCACAAAUAUCCAGGUCCCGCCGGCCAAAGACAUACCGCGGCACGAGUCUUGACUUCCUAGUCUCAGGAGAAGCCGAGAUCAGUAAAGUUCCACCGCGAAAACCUCAAACGAUAGCUAGAAAACGCAAACGAAAGGUUUCCCGUGCAUGAAAGCAGACCUUGAUUCGAAUCUCGAAUGAUAUGACGAGUGUAACAGAUAAUGCUCAAGAAGAUACACCACACUCCUGGCGCCUAUAUACCCGCUCAGCGCCUCAACUCUGUUGUCCGUUUCAAGAGUCUCUCGUUGCCUGUCGUUCGUCCCCGUUUCUAUCUCAAAAACAAGUUUUGCGCCACGACGAGAUGCAGAAUCAUGAAAUUUCCGAAAGUACUCCGUCCUGAAGAAAAGCCGACCAAUAACACCAAGAAAAGAAGAACGUGGCGAAGGGAAUAACCCGCCAGUCAGGAUUAUGCUGUGCUCCAAUAGAAGCAUG